ACUAGAUAGAAGCAACUGCCCGUUGCUGCUCAAACAGAACUUUUGUUCUGAAGCUUCAACAGAGACAACAUCAAUCCAUGACAGACCCAGAAAAUUUAGCUCACUAAUCUCCGACUAUCAAUAGUUGUAUUGACGUUCACAGUUUUUGUUUGCCGUUCGAAGACUUUGUUCAAUGGGUUUUCUCCUCCAUUACAUUGGGCACACGUUACAUUAAUGUCAGUAGCUUCUGUUCUUUAGUUUCCUUUCUGGAAGGCCUGUUCUUGUUAUGGAAAAUGUUGUGGCUUUUACCAGUUGGUGAAUCCAUUACUGGGUUCGAUUGGAAAUACCCAUAUGCACGUUUUACAAACUGUACUUAUUAGUCAAAGGUCAAAAGUAAGUUGAUUAAAGAAUUUGAUGAAAAAGAAGAAGCAAAAUUCUGUGACUUUUGAACUGGAUUUUCCUAUGUUCAAAGGUAUUGGGUUGUAGUGAUUAGGGUUGCAGAGAAUGGUUGGUGGUAGAAGAAAAAAACAGCUUUUUAGUAGAAUUUAUGCCUUCUCCUCUGGGAAAGCUUCUUCUGAUGUGGAAUACUCUCUCAUUGGAGGAACAGAUUUCUCAAGGAGAGUUUUUUGCAACGACCCUGAGAUUUUUGAGACAGGAUAUCCUAACUAUGAGAACAAUUAUGUAAGGACUACCAAGUAUACUCUCGUGACAUUUUUUCCCAAAGCAUUGUUUGAGCAGUUCAGGAGGGUUGGCAAUGUAUACUUCCUCAUCUGCUCUUUUUUGGCCUUCACGCCACUCGCUCCUUAUUCUCCACUUAGUACCUUUCUUCCGUUUGUCUUAGUCAUUGGUGUUACAAUGGGGAAAGAAAUGGUUGAGGAUUGGAGGCGGAAAAAGCAGGAUAUUGAGGUGAACAACAGAAACGUUAAAGUGCAUCAUGGUGAUGGCAGUUUUGGGAAUACUAAAUGGAUGAAUCUGAGAGUUGGGGAUGUGGUGAAGGUGGAAAAGGAUGAAUUCUUUCCUGCCGAUCUCAUCUUACUUUCUUCAUGUUAUGAGGAAACAAUUUGCUAUGUUGAAACUACAAACCUUGAUGGAGAAAACAAUUUGAAACUAAAGCAAGCAUUAGAAGCAACUUCAAACUUGAACGAAGACUCCAAGUUUCGAAAUUUCAAGGCAAUAAUUAAAUGUGAAGACCCAAACGCAAAUUUGUAUUCCUUUGUUGGAAGUUUGGAGGUUGAAGAACAAAUGUACCCUCUUACAGCUCAGCAACUUCUUCUUAGAGGCUCAAAACUAAAGAACACUGACUACGUCUAUGGGGUCGUUAUCUUCGCAGGUCAUGAUACAAAGGUCAUUCAAAAUUCCACAGCACCACCAUCGAAGAGAAGCAAGAUCGAGAAAAGAACAGACAAAAUUAUCUAUUUGUUAUUUUCUGUCUUGGUUUUCAUGUCCUUUACUGGGUCAGUUUUCUUUGGUAUUGCCACUAGGGAGGACUUGGAAAAUGGCAGGAUGACAAGAUGGUACCUUAGGCCAGACGAUACCUCUAUUUACUAUGAUCCAAAAAGAGCACCAAUUGCAGCAGUUCUACAUUUCUUGACUGCCCUUAUGUUGUAUAGCUACUUGAUACCUGUUUCCUUGUAUGUUUACAUGGAAAUUGUCAAAGUUCUCCAGAGCUUGUUUAUUAACCGAGAUUUGCAUAUGUAUUAUGAGGAAGCUGACAAGCCUGCAAUAGCCCGUACCUCGAAUUUGAAUGAAGAACUUGGACAAGUCGACACAAUACUUUCAGAUAAAACAGGAACUUUGACUUGCAACUCUAUGGAAUUUAUCAAGUGUUCAGUAGCUGGGACAUCAUAUGGCCGAAGUGUCACAGAAGUUGAGAGGGCUUUGGCUGGGAGAAAAAGGUCAUCUUUAGCUCAAAUGGUGACAGAGGAAUGGGGCUUUGUUGAGGAUUCUCCUAAACCUGAGCCAUCUGUUAAGGGUUUCAACUUUGCAGAUGAAAGGAUUAUGAUGGGUAAUUGGGUAAAUGAGCCUCACUUGGAUGUCAUCCAGAAGUUCUUUCAGUUGUUGGCUAUCUGCCAUACUGUCAUACCUGAUGUAGAUGAAGAAACCGGAACAGUUUCAUAUGAAGCUGAAUCUCCAGACGAGGCAGCCUUAGUAGUUGCAUCCAGAGAACUUGGAUUUGAAUUCUAUGAGAGGACUCAGACAAGCAUCUCAUUUCUUGAGUUAGAUCCUAUGUCUGGCAGGAAGUUCAAAAGGUUGUAUAACCUUUUGAAUAUCUUAGAGUUUAGUAGCUCAAGAAAGCGGAUGUCUGUGAUUGUAAGAAAUGAGGAGGGAAAGCUGAUACUACUCUGUAAAGGUGCUGACAGCAUCAUGUUUGAAAGACUGGCAACAGAUGGAAGGGAGUUUGAAGAGCAGACUAAGGAGCACAUUAAUGAGUAUGCUGAUGCUGGUUUAAGGACUUUGGUAGUUGCAUAUCGUGAACUCGAUGAUCAGGAAUACAGUGAGUUCAGUGAUGAAUAUGCAAAAGCCAAGAACUCAGUGAGUGCUGAUCGUGAGGUAGUGGUUGAGGCUGUUGCAGAUAAGAUUGAGAAGGAUUUGAUCCUUCUUGGUGCAACAGCUGUUGAAGACAAACUCCAAAAUGGGGUUCCAGAAUGCAUUGACAAGCUUGCACAAGCAGGAAUAAAAAUAUGGGUUCUGACUGGAGAUAAAAUGGAGACUGCAAUUAACACUGGUCAUGCUUGUAGUUUGCUUAGAAAAGGGAUGAAUCAAAUAAUAAUCAGCUCUGAGACACCAGAAUUUAAGGCAUUGAAUAAAGCUGGGGAUGAGUUCAAUGUCUGUGAGGCAUCGAGAUCAAGCAUCCUCAAUCAGAUAAUUGAAGGGAAUGUAUUGCUUGAAGAAUCAAGUGAGAGGUCUGAGGCAUUGGCUUUGAUCAUUGAUGGAAAGUCCCUUACUUAUGCCUUGGAGGAUGAUGUGAAGGACUUGUUUCUAGAACUUGCCGUUGGCUGUGCAUCUGUCAUAUGCUGUCGUUCAUCGCCUAAACAAAAAGCACUGGUUACAAGACUGCUGAAAGUUAAAACUGGUAUGACCACACUAGCAAUUGGGGAUGGGGCAAAUGAUAUUGGGAUGCUUCAAGAAGCAGACAUUGGAGUUGGUAUCAGUGGUUUUGAAGGAAUGCAGGCAGUCAUGUCAAGUGACAUUGCAAUUGCACAAUUCCGUUUUCUGGAGCGCUUACUGCUUGUGCAUGGCCAUUGGUGCUACAGAAGGAUCUCAUCAAUGGUAACAUCUUUACUUGUACACUCGGUGUUCAGAUUCUUCCUUCUCUUUAGGUUCCUUGAUCAAGGUGUGAACUUGCAAUUUUAUUAUCAAAAUUUGAAAAUGUUUGGAACAGAAAACCAUUUUAGCAUUACAAAAUUCUUUAUCAAAUGAAUAGUUAACACUUACUAUAUUGAAAAAAAUUUGCUUUAAGCUUUGCCUUCGGACUAUAAAUUGAAUUUCCUAAUCAUAACUACUUUCCAACAAAACUGUUGACAGUCCCAAAACCCAAAUUUGGAAUUGCUAAUGUGUUCUGUUUGCUACUUGGCAGAUAUGCUAUUUCUUUUACAAGAACAUUGCUUUUGGUUUCACUCUUUUCUUCUUUGAGGCUUAUGCAUCAUUCAGUGGACAAACUGCUUACAAUGACUGGUACUUGUCACUUUAUAACAUCUUUUUCACGUCACUUCCCGCGAUUUCCCUUGGAGUGUUUGACCAGGAUGUAUCUGCACAGUUUUGUCUCGAGUUCCCUGUAUUAUACCAAGAAGGCGUUCAAAAUGUCCUGUUCAGCUGGUUACGAAUUCUUAGCUGGAUGCUUAACGGUGUAUUCAGUUCUACCUGCGUCUUCUUUUUUUGCAUCUUUGCAAUGGAGAAUCAAGCCUUCCGCAAAGGUGGUGAAGUUGUUGGCCUAGAGAUCCUUGGCACGACCAUGUACACGUGUGUACUGUGGGUCGUGAACUGCCAAAUGGCACUCUCUAUCUACUACUUUACGUUUGUACAACAUCUCUUUAUUUGGGGUGGAAUUGCAUUCUGGUAUAUCUUCAUGUUGGCAUUUGGAGCCAUGGACCCCUACAUAUCAACAAAUGCCUUCAUGGUUUUUGUUGAAGCCUGUGCACCAUCCUUGUCCUUUUGGCUGAUGACACUCCUCGUACUAGUCUCGACUCUCCUACCGAACAUUAUUUCCUCAGCAAUUCAAAUGCAGUUUUUUCCUAUGUACCACCAGAUGAUACAGUGGAUAAGAUUUGAUGGGCAAUCUGAUGACCCCGACUUCUGCCGUCUGGUGCGUCAAAGAUCACUGACACCUAGAACGGUUGGUUCUACCGCACGAUUUGAAGCAAAAUCUCGUAGCUGGAAAGAGAAUCCGGAGGAUCCAAGCUGAACAGAAAUUUGUGAAUAUCUCAGCAGAAGUUGCAACACAAGUUUCUUGUCAUAGGUACAUCAAGAGGCAAUAAAUUGGCCUUUCACAAGCUCUGCAUGGCAAGGAAAUGCUGGUCAAGUCUUGGGGAUUAUUAUAGCUUAAAUUUAACUAGUCGACACAUCGGAGAAUUUUGUGUUCCUUAAUUCAUAACUAGGCAUAGACAUCUUUGUACAUCUUUAGAAGUCAAUGAACAAUAUCAUUUAAACUAAGGCUAGUAGCAGUUAUCACUGUGGUCUUCCUUUCAUUUCUGUAUCAUAUAGAACUUGACAUCUUUAAAUAUAAGCAGCCUUGCACAUUACAUAUGGCAAAGCUAAUGAUGCACACACCAACUAAUCUAUUUGAGGUCUCAUGGGGCCCAACCAAAAAUUUUAAGUGUUGGCUACGGUGUAAGAGUAAGGUUGUUCUACAAUGAUUGAAGCGGCAAGGAUUGGACAGUCU